CCUCCGGCGCGCUCCCGCUCGCUCGCUCGCUCGCUCACAAGCCAAGUUUGCGCACAGGGAUGCGGGCGCGGAGCAGCCUGGAAAAAUGGCUCUCUCCUGGAUUUAUUCGGCGCCCCUGCUUCUCCUCCUCCUUCUCCACGUCGUUACGUUUUGCCAGGCCUUGAGAAAUUAUCCGGACAAUGAAGUUACCUUGCUGGACUCCAUGUCUGCUCCUGGAGAUCUGGGCUGGGAGGCCUACCCAGCGGAGGGGUGGGAGGAGAUCAGCGUUAUGGACGAGAGGAACACGCCCAUGAGGACAUACCAGGUGUGCAACGUGAUGGAGGCCAACCAGAACAACUGGCUGCGAACAGGCCUUAUUCAACGCGAGGGCGCCCAGCGCGUCUAUGUGGAGAUCAAAUUUACGCUCAGAGACUGUAACAGCUUGCCGGGAGUCCCUGGGACCUGCAAGGAGACGUUCAACGUCUACUACCACGAAUCCAACAGCGCCUCACCCCCGCCCCUGCGGCACAUCCGCGAGAGCCAGUACGUGAAGAUCGAUACCAUAGCGGCCGACGAGAGCUUCACGCAGACGGACGUGGGCGACCGUGUCAUGAAGUUAAACACGGAGGUGCGGGACAUUAGUGGUCUCAGCAAGCGCGGCCUCUAUCUGGCUUUCCAGGACCUUGGCGCCUGCAUUGCUCUGGUGUCGGUGAGGGUCUUCUACAAGCGCUGCCCUCUAGCUGUGCUUAACCUGGCCCGCUUCGGUGACACGGUGACUGGUGGUGACUCAGCACUGGUGGAAGUACGUGGGUCCUGCGUAGAAGAUGCAGAGGAGCUGGAGGCUCCCCGCAUGUUCUGCAGCGCCGAUGGGGGCUGGCUGGUGCCCAUCGGGCGUUGCGUGUGCAAGCCGGGCUUUGAGGAGGUGGACGGCCGCUGCCAGCCCUGUCGUUCCGGCUUCUACAAGGCCUCUGCCAUGGACGCCUAUUGCGUGAAGUGCCCCCCACAUAGUUACUCUCAUCAGGACAAGGCCUCAGAGUGUGUGUGUGAGAGGGGCUUCCAUAGAGCAGAGACUGACCCUCGCUCCAUGGCCUGCACAAGACCUCCAUCAGCACCAGGCAACCCCAUCUCCACGGUGAACGAGACAGCAGUGACUUUGGAGUGGAGUCCACCACGCGACAGUGGUGGAAGAGGUGAUGUCACCUACAGUGUCCACUGUAAAAAAUGUUCGGGCGAGGCGGCCCCAGGAGCCAGCGGGACAGGCGAGAGGUGUGUACCCUGCGGAAGCGGACCUCACUUUAACCCCCGACAGUUCGGCCUGGCCCAUCCCAGAGUAUUGGUCACUGAGCUGCAGCCUCGGACCAAUUACACCUUCAGUAUUGAGGCCCUAAACGGCGUUUCUGACCUGAGCCCCAGCCCCCGACACCUAGUGUCUGUCAACGUCACCACCAGCCAGACAGUGAGUGUGAUAGUGAAGGAAAGGAGGGGCCGAGACAGCAUUACGUUGGCCUGGCAGGCUCCAGAGCCUUCUGACGGGACGGUGGUGGAGUACGAAGUCACCUACUACGAAAAGAACCAGAGGGAUCAGAACUACACAGUGCUAAAGACCAAGUCCAACAGCAUGACAGUUGAAGGGCUGAAGCCAGGCACAACCUACGUGUUCCGGGUCAGAGCUCGCACUGACGGGGGCUACGGCAACUACGGAGGAGAGAUCGAGCUGGAGACAAGCCAUGAAGACAUGUUGGCUGUCGGUGACCCGAACCAGCAGACCAUCCUGGCUGUGUCCAUAGCAGGAGGAGUGGUCCUGCUAAUCCUCCUGGUGGCUUGUUUUGUGGUCAGUGGCAGGCACUGCGGCUACAUCAAAGCUAAGCAGGACCCAGAGGAGGAGAAGAUGCAGUUCCAGCACGGGCGAGGUGAGACGGCAGCCCCUGCCAGGAUGCCAGAAUUUGAAUCCAAAAUCCAGCUUCCUGGAACCAGGACGUACAUCCAUCCUCACACGUAUGAGGAUCCCAACCAGGCCGUGCGCGAAUUCGCCAAGGAAAUAGAAGUUUUCAACAUCCGCAUAGAGAGAGUGAUCGGAGCCGGUGAGUUUGGGGAGGUGUGCAGUGGGCGGCUGCGUCUUCCCAGUAAGAGGGAGAUCCACGUGGCCAUUAAGAGUCUGAAAGCGGGCUACACAGAGCAGCAGAGGCGAGAUUUCCUCAGUGAAGCCAGCAUCAUGGGCCAGUUCGACCACCCCAACAUCAUCAGACUGGAAGGGGUCGUGACCAGAUGUAAGCCUGUGAUGAUAAUAACAGAGUACAUGGAAAACGGAUCGUUGGACACGUUCUUGAAGAAACACGAUGGGCAGUUCACAGUGAUCCAGCUGGUGGGGAUGAUGCGUGGAAUCGCUGCUGGGAUGCAGUACCUUUCUGAGAUGAACUACGUUCACCGAGACCUGGCUGCGCGGAACAUCCUAGUGAACAGCAACCUGGUGUGUAAGGUGUCCGACUUUGGGCUGUCUCGCGUGCUGGAAGAUGACCCAGAGGCAGCGUACACCACCAGGGGGGGUAAAAUCCCCAUCCGGUGGACUGCCCCCGAGGCCAUAGCCUACAGGAAGUUCACUUCUGCCAGUGACGUGUGGAGUUACGGCAUCGUCAUGUGGGAGGUGAUAUCCUAUGGGGAGCGGCCUUACUGGGAGAUGUCCAAUCAGGACGUGAUAAAGGCCAUAGAUGAAGGCUACAGACUGCCAGCACCAAUGGACUGCCCCAUAGUGCUGCACCAACUGAUGCUGGACUGCUGGGAGAAGAGCCGCAGCGAGAGGCCCAAGUUUGGACAUAUAGUCAACAGCCUGGACCAGCUAAUCCGCAACCCCAGCGCCCUCAAACAACUGGCCAACAGCACAAUAUGGGAAGACCCAGUGACACCAGAGCCAGCAGUCAGCACAGUGGAGGACUGGCUGGAUUCCAUUAAGAUGGGCCAGUACAAAGAGCACUUCUCCAACGCGGGCUACGUCACCCUGGACUCUGUCCUCUAUGUCAGCGUCAGUGAGCUGGGGAAGAUGGGAGUGGCGUUGACUGGCCAUCAGAAAAAGAUCCUCUCCAGCAUACAGAGCCUGCAGGCGCAACAGGGGACGCAUGUGCAGGUAUAACCCCCAGCCACACAUAUGGACGGGUCAGACUGCCCACCACUCCAGAAGCCCAACCCCUCUUCCUGCACUGAAGAACACAGCCUCCCUGGGAUCCACUGCCAGGGGCCAGCCAAGACACCAAAUCACUCGGUGGUGUUCCAAUACCGAGGCUCAAACACUUCAUGCCGCAGUGUGGAAGCAACUCAGUGUGGCUCCAUGCAGACAUGAGAAGAACCACCACUGAACUUGCUGGGCACUGCAAAACCUCACUGUAUUCUCCUACUCAGUUUUCAGUCAAGGUGGAAGAAAAUAUGAGCAUGUCUUGUGAAAAAACAACACGCUUUUUAUAGUAGUGGUGUCGUGACCCAUUGACUCAGUACUGUUAGUUUUGGCAUAGGUGGUGUUUGUGUAAGGCCCACAAGUGGAUGCACAACUGACCAGGUCAAUUGUGAACUUGAUCGUAAUUUAGUAUUUUCAGCUGGUGACAGACUUCUCACUCCAAUACUGAAGCACUAUCCACACAAAAACAUACAGAUGGCCACUGUAUGCUUACUCUGUACAUGGAAAUGGCCUGUCUCUUAUUCGGUGUGUCAUCCAAGCAGUCUGGUGUUGCGUGGUUGGCCCAGGAUAUGGAGUUUUUGGUCACAGUGCUGGACAUUGGAGCACCCUGAGGCCUACAGCUUCUCUUAGCAGCAUUUGCUUGCUUCAGCUGGCCACUCCCUGGCCACGGGGCAACCAGCUACUUCAAAACAACAUGGACAAGACCAAUGGGGGGACUUUCACAUUGGCAAUGAAUUUAUGUGCCCCUCUUUUUCUACAGCCGCUGAGAUAUUGACUCCCGAGGCCGCCUUUUCUCACUAUUUUAUGGAAUGUCCAUAUCAACAGGAGGUGCUCCCCCAUCACUCUUUUUUGCAUCUGUGACAGAGUAUGAUGACCAUGUGCAGUGAUUUAGCUGCUGAAGCACAGGAUGUGUAUGUGAAUGCUCAUCAGUAUGGAGUAAUGAACAUUCCCUCAUUGGAUUUUGGAUGCGCUGGAGCCUCAAUAUGUAGAAUGUAUCAGUGUUUUGAGCCUAGUGUAGCACCAUGCGGGUUACUGUCGAGAGUGGUUGGUACCAGUAUAUGUUAUGUAACCUCAUGGUGGUGGGUAAGGUUGAUUAUUGUGGGAAAACAUGGUUUCUAUACGUGUAGAAGUCCGUAAUAAUAUCCUGGCUGCCUAAGGUGGACGUUUUGUUCUGCUAUUAAGCCACAACAGGUCUUGUAGAGGUCAUGUAACACUUCAGUCAUUGUUUGAAGACCACAGACAUUUAAAGACUAGAAUUAAAUGCUUUUUUCAGUCCCUUUGUCAUAUCUUUCCAAAUAUCAUGUACAUACGCCUGUGUAAAGUUUAUCAAAAAUCUUGGUGACGUUGGCACUUCAAAGCAGAUUCGUUCUGCUAUCUGGUUCCACUUACAGCAUAACAGAGGUCAGUUACUGAACAAUUUACAGUUAUAUGAAGGAGAAAGAAUGGGAAAAGAUUGUACUAUGAUAUACAUUGUAAAGAGUUGCUCAGUGGGUGUUGGUACAGUUAUGAUUUUAAGGUUUUUGAGCAUUUUGUCAUAUGUACAUUAGGGCUGCACAAUUUCUCAUUUUUUAAUUGCCGUUGUGGUACAAGUUGUGAGAUUACAGUCUGCUGGAAAUCAACUGUCACACUUCUCCAUGGCAGCUUUCAGCUCCUCAGAGUGUGAAAGAUCAAAUAAACUAAAUAGCAAUUGAUUAUAAACAGCUGAUAGUAAGCCUGAAUAAUUAAUAAUAAAUCAAAAUUAUUAAAUAAAAUGUAAUAAAAAUACAUUUUAGGAAGUGAUAUUUUAGGCAAGUUUUGUUGAAUAUAUAUAAAUUCUUUUUUUUUUAAUUUGGCCUUUAAGUUAAUUAGGUUGACGAAGUCUUUAAGGCUUUUUUUGCGCUCAGCUCAAGUUCUUCUAACUCCCAUUUACUGCAUAUUCAGCAUGCAACCACUUUCCUUAUUUUUGAGUAAGCUUCCACUGGAUACGCAUUGUGAUCUGAUUACUCAAACCACAUUUGGACGCAGUUGCGGACACAUAACCACAUAACAUCUGUAGUGUGAACUCUAAAGCUUUGAUGCGUCCUUGACAGAGUCAAGGGCCCAUCUUAAAUCAACUGCUGCAGAGUUGAAAGCAUCUAUGUAGUUUUCUGUCAGUCUUCUCGUUUGUUUACUUGCUUUCACAAGCCAUGCAGUCUAAGCCAUCGUAACAGCCCUAACAAUUACACGAACAAGCACAGAACAUUUUUGUCCAACAAUUGCAGCAAGAGACUGACGUCGUCCAGGCACGAAAUCCGAACACGUAGUCACUGAAGAUGCAUUUGAGAAUUGUCACGGAAAUGACCGUUAUGAACAUCUGUACGACUUGCUGUCCAUUUGUGAUUAGAUCAGUUGAGACCAAGUGUGAACAGGGCUUAAGUUGAGAGAACUCCAGUUUUACCUUAUUCCUUCCAGUGUAACUCGAGCAAAGCUGUACUUCGUAGGCAGCAACUUUGGAAGACCUGCAAAAAGAAAGAGGUUAAAAGUCUAUUAGCCUGUAAUUAUGAGUGCUGCUAGGCCAAGUGCCAAAAAACAACCGUAACUGGAAUCAUUGUGCUUCCAACAAUUUUAUCACAUCAUCUAUCCAUAUUGUGUAGCCCUACUGUACAUUCAGGCAAGGCAGCGAGAGUUUGGACAGAAGAGGAUUGUGAAGUGAUGGAAUGUAUUGGAUGUAUUAGCUUUAUGACGGGUCUGGAAAGCUAAACAUUUUCUCAGGAUGUUUUUAUUUUUUCUCAUUUACACUUUAUGCUUUUCAAUAUAACAGCCAAGCAGACCAUCUGGACAUAACUUCAUUUUCCUCAUAGUAGUGACCACUCCCCUUUGGUUAGCAUAACUACUCUACAGCUUCAUACAUUCAGAUGCCCUUUUCCUUCACCUCCUUACUUGUGUGCAUUACCACAAAGUACAUUAUGGUUCAUUUUCACUUUCAGUAAUAUGAAAAUAAAAGCAGUACUGAUAGCCACUGAAACCAAAGUGUGCCACAGAGGCUUCCAUCAUGCUCACUGGAGAUAAAUACAGCAAGAAAAAAGUCCAACAAAGGAUUUGUUUUGAAAAAGGCAUACCGCAAAUUAAUUUCCUGCUCACCUGUUCCCUCCGUGAUACCUUGGGAAAAUAUUCAUUUGGUGCUGAGAUAGCGGUAAUUGAAUGGCAGACAUUAUUAUUUAUUUAUUCAUGCUCUUAAGUGAGGCAGAAAAAAGCCUGUUUGCUUCAGUAAUGUGUUUGUUUUUCCCCCCGAAAUACUUAUUGAAUAAGGAGUUGCCAUCUGAAUACCUGGCACGUCGCCUGCUAAUAUAAUGUGAGCUUUCCUUAAUUGCCAAAUUACUGGAGCAUAUGUGCCCAUUCAGACUCAUCAUUUCUCAAGCAGAAACAGCAACAGGGAAUUAUUCAAUAGGGAGAUGCGAAAAGCAUUUCGUGACUCCAAACCGCUUAGCGUUCGGUCGCCCCAAAAGACGGCAAGGAAAGUCACGAAGAGUUGGCUUCGAGUCGCAAAUUCAAAUUAUGGAAAAAGUUUAUUCUGUAAAUUCAUCUGAGAGCUAGCAAGCCAUCAAAAUGCAAACCCAUAGACGUGAAAUAAAAGUCCUAAGUAUAAAAGUAAGAGUAGAUUUCAUUUUUCAUUUUACGAGGCUUUAAGCCCAAAAUUUAAAUGAUAAACACAGUCAGCUGUACAGUAUUCUCACGGCCUAUCCAUGCUUCACCCAGAAAUGCAUCUUUUCAUAGUAUUGGUGGGCGAUGUGGCAAAUAUAUAUUAUGAUGCACAAUAUGCAUCACGAUAUUUCGUUUUUCCUCUGGCUUGAUAAGUUGGAGCAGACAAAAUAGUCCCAGUACUGCCACAUUAAAAAAAAUGCUAUCAAAAACUGAAUGCAGUGGUUUUUAUUCAAUGUUUCUCAUUCAGCACUAGAUCCAAGUUCAGUUGAACUGGCCUAACUACGCUUUCUUUGUAAUGAAACAUGCAGUUGGUCAGUGUUCGUAAGUGCUGAUAUUUACAGUAUAGUAUUUACAAUACGCACAGAAACGCUUACUAUUGUGACGUAAUCGAUUCAAUAAGAUGGUCAUAGUGCCCGCGCCAUGUUGCAAGGUUGGACUGACUUUACCGACUAUUAACAAAACCGCCGUUCUCAUUAGACUGUAGCACAAAAGUUGUUACGACACCUCAUACAUGCACACUCAUUGCCUUUCAGCGCUUUGAAAGGUGAACAUGCCAGUCAUGUGAAUCACGUAGAGCUUUAUUUUGUUUUGUUUUUUUUUCUACAGCCAGCAGAGAAUUCUUAAAGAAAAUCAAUGAUGCCGUUUCUAGUUUCACAUGUUCAGAUUUCUUUCUUCAUUAGCAAUGAAAUGCUGAAAAAAAAGAUUCAUGUGUAAAGUAUGAUUAGCAACCAGGACCAUCGGUUUUAAUUUUAAAUAUGAAGUUGAUGCAGAACGUGUCAAGUUCUGUGGACUUGCUAGGAGUGGCAAGUGGCAACCAUAGGGGUCCAAGCACUCUGUGCCAUUUCGGAGCCAGUAGAACAGAAAAGUUGGGCAAUGUUUUUAGGCCUACAUUUGUAAUAGAUUUGAGGUCUUAUGAGGAGAUAUCUGCAGAAUUUCAUUCUGGCACAUUGGCCUUUUGACCUUGGUAUCAUAAACUACACAUUAACAAAAAAAAAGUCUUUAAAAAAACCUUGUCUACAACAAGGAAAGAGCAUGGAAUGUCAGUUAUGGAUUUAUCCUCCACUCUGUCAUUAUCCGUGGGCCAUGCAGUGUCACAAUAGGUUUGCUCAAUAAACAGACAUCUUUUUUCAACCGAUGUUAGUACAUAUUGUGUAUCUGCGUUAUAUCUGUAAUAUUUUCCAGCAGAACAAAUCAAAUUCAGCCACACAAGGAACGUUUCGAUUCUGGGUCUGGUUUUCAGUCUUUCAUUUCAAACUAACUUUUUCUACUCUACACUUCAGGCCUCCAGUGUGGCCAAAUACAUAUGGUGGCACAGGAAUUGACCAUGCUGACCGUAGAGCUUCUAAUGAAUGUUACCAACCAGACGGCUCUCAUACCUUUCAGUCUUUGACUGGGAAAAGGUCUUUUUUUCGUUCACAUACAAAAAGGUCUGCGAUUGAUCCGUGUAUGUACCAGUGCUCCAGUUUAAAAAUGAGUGGAUGGUUUGCACAAGCCAAGGCCUCAGUUAGGAUCAUAUGUAUCUAUAUUAUUUCUGUUCCAUUCGCUUGAGUUUUUGUACAUUGUGGUCAUUUGAUUACCUACCAUUAUCCCAUUAACGGAAGUGUUUAAUCAAAACUGCUAACACUGCUUGCAGUGAAUGAAAGUGCGCUCAAAUUAGCAUGUAAAAGUCAUGCUAAUUCACGGGUACAAGCUUCUAUUCAUUGCGAGUCUUGUUAGCAUGUUUGAUUGAGAUGUUUCCUUAUGCUCUUGUUGAACUGUUGAACAUUUUGUCCAAUAAAUUUGUUGAUAUUUUUAAA